AUGGAGCAAGAUGUGAACUUAAAAGAAGAAAUGAAAGAGUCGGAUGAUGACUUCCUUGAAUCUGAGGAAAUUAGCCAUAAUAAAACAGAGCAAAAUGAGGAAACUUCUCCAUGUGUUCGCACUAAUAAGAGGAUACGGUGUAUCGAUGAUGUGUUCUAUAAUGCAGUUGGUUUGGUUACUGAAUGCCUUAAAGAAAUAUCAAAGGACUUGAGUCAAGGUAUUAAAUUUGACAUGAAGAUCAACGAACUGAGUGAGAAGAUCCCUCCAAAGAUUUUAAUGAUGAAUUCAUUAAGUCAAUUUGAGAAGUUAAAAGCUUUGACUAAGAUAAGAAGUGAUCCUAUAAACAUACAAAUUUUCUGGCAAAUUGAAGAAUGCAAUAGAGAAGUUUAG